AUGAUCCUGCACAAGAGGAUCGAAGAGCUCCAAGAUAGUCUGAGUCUCCUGAAGAAGAAGGAAGAAGUGCUGAUCAAGGAGAAUACUUCCUUGAAGGAGAAACUGCAGACCGAGUCUGAGGCACUGAAGAAUGAAAAGGAAAAGACAAUGGAUUCGAUGAAGUUGAAGGCCAAGCAUGAGGCUACCGUAGAAUUAUUAGAUUCACAGUUGCGGGAGUUCGAACGACGAAAGAUGGAAGACGCCAAGUGCAAUAUCGAACACCUCAAUCAACGUUUCGGGGAGGUCUAG